AUGGAGAUUCAACGAAACGAGACGAUUGAUCGGGUUUACGACGAGACGAUUGAAAUGGUGGGGAGAGUUAAGGAGUUUCUUCAUGUACAUGAUUUGCUUUACUUGUUUGCUUAUAUGCACAAGAAAUUGCUUGAAAAUGAAUUCGUUCAUUACAUAAAAAAAUACUUUUGCGGAUUUGUGGAUUAUGAAUUUAGAAACGGAGAAAAUCAAACUUUUGGCAUCAGCUGUGAGACUUACUUAAAUAGCUGCAUAAGAAACGUUGAUUUUGGCAAGACAUUAUUAGAUAAUGUUGAGCAAAGUCCGUCACAAUCGACUAACUUGAAUGAUGAUGAUGCAAAGUAUGAAAUCGAAAAUAACAACAGAAAAAGAAACAAACGAAGUUGUCACAUCGAUUGGAAUGAAAAUGAAAGUCAAUUGCUUUUGUAA